AUGAGCAACAGCGGACACAACACAGCGUCAACAUCGCCGACAGGGGAGUACCAUCACUACGUCCCCGAGAACGCAAAGUCGUCCAUUGGCUCGACGUACUGGGGCAUCACCAUCGUGUUCGGCCUUGUUUCCGCGCUCGCUGGGCUGGGUUACGGUCUUGCCCAAGCUAUCGUCGCGAUAUCGGAUGGGCCCGCUAGCCAGUUCUCAGGUGAUGUGAAGUACUUUGCCCCAGCACCGCCCCCGGCCCAUUGGGGGCGGCUCAGCUUCACCGUCGGCAUCGUGGAGGCCGGCCUAUGCAUCCUCGUGCUCGCCCCAAUGGGGGUCACGGCGCUCGUGUUCGCCUUCGAGCGCCGGCCGAGCAAGCGGUGGAUGUGGAAGUUGGCUCUGGUCUUGACGAUCCUGAUGCCCGUUGUCGACUUGGCGAUUCGAGGCGUCCUGAGCGCCAUUUGGUCGAAUAGCCAAGCUUACCGUGGUACAAACCGAGCAAGAUCCAUCAUCGGCAUCGGCGUCGGCGUAUCCGCCGCAAUGGCUGUUCUCGGCACAUACUUUGUGGUCUUCUUCAAGACGAACCGCCCAGCAAUGGUGCCGCCCAUGGUGCAGCACCAGCCGCUGGUGGACGAGGACGAGUACGAGUACCCUAGUGUAUCUCCCUUGGUCGCCCCGCCAACAUCAGCGGGAUACUUCACUUCAGUGCCCCAAGACGACCCAGACAGCCCGGACAACACUGUCCACCCGGCUCACCCGCCGACCCAGCUCUCGUCCGCCCCCACCACCCUUUCUCAUCUAUCGCCCCGAACACCCACGACCACGACCACGACCACGACCACGACCACGACUGUGACCAAAGACCGGCGACCCGGCGCCGAAGGUACUCUCCGGUCUCAUGCCACCGAAGCUACGCCACCUCCCUAUCAACGGCGAGCAUGA